AUGUCUGGACCGCUCCGCCUGAAACUCAACUGUAUUGUCUUGGGCGAUAAUCCUCGCCGUAUUUUCCCGGUCGACAUUGAGCGGACGGAGAUUGUUGGUGACCUCAAAGAGGUCAUCAAAGACAAGAAAAGGCCAGAGUUUGACCAUAUUGCCACUGACCGUCUUGAGCUAUGGAAGGUCGACCUGCCCGUCGACGAGAUGAUUGAGCACAAUCUCAACAAUCUUACACUGGACCCAACGAAAUCCCUAUCACCUGUGGAUGAAAUGGUAGAGAUUUUCCCCGAUGCUCCUCCGCGCAAGUAUCUGCAUAUUAUUAUCCAAUGCCCGCCUGCCGUGUCUUCCGGACCGCUCCACCUGAAACUUAACUGCAUUGUCUUCGGCGAUGAUUCUCGCCAUAUUUUCCCAGUCGACAUUGAGCGGACGAAGACUGUCGGUGACCUCAAAAAUGUUAUCAAGGUCGCCAAGAAGCCAGAGUUUGACCAUGUUGCCGCCGACCGUCUUGAGCUAUGGAAGGUCAAGAUCAAUUUGAAUGAUAUAGACUUACGGAACGCGAUCAUAGACGGCGGCGUCGAGCUGCACCCGUUAACCGAGCUGUCUGAUGUGUUUGCGGAUGGAAUAGAGCGCGGAUGCAUUCAUAUCGUCGUAAAACAUCCUGCCGUUGCACGACAAAUUCCAGCUGUUGAUCGGCGAAUCGCUUAUCUCAAGAAGGGCGCGGGUAGUCCGUCGGCCGGUGCAAAACCAUCUGCAUUCUCAACCAAGCAGGACCAGCCAGAGUACCUUUGCAACCGUCCUAGCAGAGCCGCGGACCCUGUUCCCAUUACUCUUCUCGAGCCUAUCUUCGCCGAGUUCGUGGAUGAUUGUCAAAAGUAUGAACCAACUGUCCACGAUAACGACUUUGUUUUGCAACUUUCAGAAAAGAUGGCCUCCUUCUAUCCCAAUGAGCUUGCGCGGAUGAAUACAUUCCGGCAAGUGCUCCGUGACUAUGGUAUUAUACUCAAUGCUUCUAUGGUUGGCUCGACCGGAUGUACGACGGACGGACAUAUUUUGUCUACCAACGGACAGUUUGUGCUGAUGAUAAUUGAGGGGAAGAACGAGAUCGGAAGUGGCACUGCCGAACCAUUCAUGGAGGCGAUGUUGUACUACCGCAAGUUUAUGGAAGACUUGAAGAUUGAGAUGGCGAGGCUCUGGUCUUUCAUUCCAUGCAUCCAUAUUAUUAACGGUUCUCAAAGUCGAACGUAG